AUGUUGAGGAGCAAUAGGCCACACAAUGUAGCUAUUGUAUCUCUUAGUUGGGCCGAGGAGGGUCAGAUAUUCUCGGUUGAACCCUAUGAUAUGUUCUCAUAUAAAGACUUGACUCUAGGUUUUUUGCCUACACCCCCAAAGGCUCCAUACAUUCCCGAAUUAUCUUCUAGAGUUUUUGAAUCUAUAGAGGAGCAAGAUGGUACAGAUCAAGAAUUGGUAAACUCUUCCAGGGAACGAUUCAACAUUCUCUGCAGUGGAGAUAUGGAGGGUAUCAUUUGCUUUAACAUCUUUGGAGUUUUUUCAAUUGGAAAGAUUAAUAUUGGGGACCUAUCAAUUCAUCAUUUGAAAGGGCCCGAGACUUCAUAUAGACUCAAGGAUGCGUCAUUAUUCAAGGUGGCACUUUCAAAAGAUCUUCAACAAUUAAUUGUUCUCUGUUAUGGAAUGCGGGUUGAGGGGACAUCAGAUAUGAAACUGGGAUUGCACAGUCUUCUUAUCAACACAUCUCUAUUCCAGAAAAGGAACAAGGAACUUUUUCAGGUUGCAUUGCAAGCGUCAAAUUUUGAGAAACUUCAAGAUGUUGUACUCGUGUCUUUACAAGCAAUGCAUAAACAAUGGUCAGAUGCCAUGCACUUGUUUAAGGACAAGUUCUGUCAUCUUUCAUCUUUGCUUGCAGUUCAUGGAUUGGAUUCAAACCAACAGGAUGAACUGGUGAAUUUUUUGUGUGGAUUUACUGCAAGUGAUGCACUGCGCCUGUUUCUAGAAAAUUAUUUAAGUGAAGGGGGAGUAAAACUAUUAGCCAAAAGAAUUGAUUCUGCUGGCAAGGAGAUGCGCACUAUUAUAGAUGAUUCUUUGAAGCCAACAUCUAAUGAAAUUGCAUUUAGAAUUGAGGAGCUGAAAGGAUUUUCUGAAUGGGGUGCAUGCUUUCAAAGUAUUGGAUAG